CAAAUAGGGGAAGUCGCUUAAAGGGAUUUUAGUAUUUGUCUUCGUCUUCGUGAGUGAAUGGGAUUUUGCGGUCAACCAGAAUGGCGCCACGUAGCCAACAACUGCACGAGCGUCUCCGUACGAGUCUGGCACCUGUCUUGGUCGUACAAUUACUACGCUAUGCUGCUGCUGACACCUUGUCUCUGCAAGCGAAAACCGACGCCGCUUUCGUUGCCGAAAAAUUUUAGUCCUUGCGUUUCUUUUUCUUCGUCAAAUUCCGGUCAUUUUCUUCGGAUCCAUUGCCUAAUUCACGUGACUGAAAUUCUUGUGAUUUUUUCUUUGGUCCAAGGAAGGAAAGUGAAAGAAGGAAGACAUCCUCGAUUUGCAAAGCGGGUGGUAUUUGGGAGGUGUCGCUUCUGUUUUGGGCGGUGAUGGGUUGGCGCUACAAUGUUGGGUUGGUUUUGAUUGGCACCGUUGUUUUCAUUUGGGUCGCCUCUGCUGAAGUUACUCAGAGAAUUUUUGAGGAGUAUACACAACCAUUUGGUCUGACAUACCUGGGAGUGUCUCUAAUGGCCAUCUACCUACCGAUAGCAAUUCUUAAAGAUUGGAUAUGCAGAUUACUGAGUAAAACUUUGCUCAAGAGCCUUCAGAGUGACAGGCCUUUCUUGAGCUCUUCCAUUGGAGUAAGCAUUCCUCUUAGAGUCAAUGAUCUUAAACCAGGUGAAGAUCUUAAGGGCUGCUUAAUUACUGACACGGAUUUCAGUCAAGCUGAAGAAGGACGAUCUCGGAUACACAAGGGCGGGGAAGAUGAGUUGCCUUUUCUUAUUGAGAAGUCAGAGCUCAGUUCAUGGGAGAUUGUAAAAACUAGCUGUUAUCUUGCUCCUAUAUGGUUUAUGACAGAGUAUUUUUCAAACUCUGCGCUGGCAAACACUAGUGUUGCUAGCACGACUGUUUUGACAUCUACAUCAGGACUCUUCACACUUUUCUUUGGAGUAGUUCUUGGUCAGGACUCCAUAAACAUUGCGAAGAUUAUAGCUGUCUGUAUCAGUAUGACUGGUGUUGCAAUGACUACAAUUGGAAAAACUUGGGCCCGUGAUGAAGUACUGAGCGUCUCUGAGCAUGCAAAGCAUUCCAUCAUUGGCGACAUUUUUGGUCUUCUCUCAGCAUUGUCAUAUGCCUUAUUUACAGUACUGCUAAGGAAAUCUGCUGGUUCAGAUGGAGAAAAGGUUGACGUGCAGAAGUUUUUCGGAUACAUUGGAUUGUUUACCCUUGUUGGCCUUUGGUGGCUUGUAUGGCCGCUGAAUGUUGUGGGGAUGGAACCACAUUUCAGGUUCCCAGAGUCCGUAUCACUUGGUGAGGUGCUGCUGUUAAAUGGCUUUAUGGGGAGUGUUCUUUCAGAUUAUUUUUGGGCCCUUUCUGUGGUAUGGACAACUCCACUGGUUGCAACUCUAGGCAUGUCGCUGACAAUACCCCUCGCCAUGCUAGCCGAUAUGGUGUUGCAUGGUCGCCACUUCUCUGCUAUCUACAUCCUCGGGUGCAUUCAGGUUUUUGCGGGAUUCGUUUUAGCAAACCUGUCCGACAAGCAUUCUUGUGAAGAAGAUGAACAGUUAGUAGCGUAGUCUUGGAUGAGCCGAUCUUCAACGCGUUGACUGACUAAUACAUUUUUGCUGCUUCUGCUGUUGUUAUUGUUGCUGUUUGUUGUAUUUCGAGUGAAAAGUGUAACCUUUUUCAAAGUUUUAGCCUGAUUUAGAGCCUCUUUUGCUGUAGCAUAAGCUCUCAAAACUUUCUUGUUGUAUGAUAAGAGCAGGGUGGUUAAAACUUAAAAGCCCCUAAAUUGUGAAAUGUCAUUUCCAUUUAGUUGGAGCAAUGAUUCCUUUGACCUUCCUCUUUCUCAAACACUCUUCCACCCUGUCGUAGAAGUUGGCUUUCCAAUUCCCAUACUUUAUUCAGCAUCAGAGAAACCAACGUAUUACUAAGAUAGCUUCUUGAUUGUGAUGUGUGGGAGCUGUUUUCUGGGGCUGGUUGGCAUUAGGUCUUAUUCUGGCAUGAGGUGAGAAGU